AUGGGAUUAAAAUAUACUUCUCCUUCAUUGAAAGGAUACCUAGAGUUGAACAUAUUAAGAUCGCAAGUAGUAAUGGAUUUGUCACCAGUAUGGUUAUCAGAAAUGGAAACGGAAGAGAUAGGAUUCAUGAAUGAAAACAUGACACCUAUGGACCAAUCUUUUAAGAAAAGAUGCAGUAUAAUUCAGAAACGAUCUCCAACCCCAGAACCCCUUAUUGCUACUAGUCUUCCCUCAUCUAACACUUUCACCAUAUCUUUUGGAGAUCUAAAACCUAAAAACGAGAUGCUCCAGAUUAAUGAUUCACUUGGAUAUGAAGCUGUUGGUGCCACAAAGGUUCCAAUAAUGCCCAGGAAUCCGAUUCAGGCACAAGAUCAUGUUUUGGCAGAGAGGAAGAGAAGAGAAAAGUUAAAUCGACACUUUAUUUCCUUAUCUUCCCUCAUCCCUAAGCUUAAGAAGAUGGACAAGGCUUCGGUGCUUGAAGAUGCAUCUACUUACAUAAAAGAACUUCAAGAUCGGGUGAAGGAACUGGAGGAAUUAUCAGGAACAAAGAGAAAGAAUGUUCAAGAAUCUGUUAUUUCCAUAAGGAGGUCUAGAGUUAGUACUAGUGAUGAUGAAUACUACUCAUCUGAUGAAACGAACUCUGAAGACAAUACUCAUCUUUGCAAAUUGUCACCUGAGAUUGAAGUUCGGAUGUCAGGAAGCAGUGUGCUUGUAAAAAUUCAGAGCCAGAAAAACUUUUCUACCUUGAUGAAAGCUUUAACCCAGAUGCAGAAGCUUGGAUUGUCGAUCAUCAGUAGCAGUGCCAUGCCUUUUGCUAAGACCACACUUCUAAUCAAUAUUGUUGCUCAGAUUAAGGAUGACUUUUGUAUGACAGCAGCAGAACUUGUAAAGAACCUACAGCAAGUUAUAUGAACAUUGAUGAAACACAAUUAGUAGUUCAAUAUUUCCAUGUACUUGAUUAUCGUUAUAUAGUCAUUUUUCUGUUUCCAUAUCAUAGUUCAGAAGGAGGAAAUUUGAGAACAUUCUCAUCCCCAUCUUUGGGUUUUUUUCGAGUACUCCAGAAGUAGUAUAGGAGCCCGUAACUCGAACUGUAGGAUGUUUUUCGUGGAUUAUUUCCUCCUCUUUUUGUUAGAUGGAAUGUUUUCAUGAGUGUUCCACAACAGGAUUUGUAAGCUUUUUGCGUGGUUGAACACGUUCAUCAAUAUACCUUUGUGAUCAUAUGCAAAUGAAAUCGCCAGCU